AUGCUUAACGAAGCCAUCUUCGAGCGCAAGGUUUAUGGUUUGAAGUGGGUUUGCGAAGGUCUUAAUCAUCGCAAGCUUUCACAUGUUACUACAAUUUACGCUGCUCCACUUGUUAUCGACAACGGCCGCCGCUCCCCAACAUCAGAUCUUCGUCUCAUCCUCCGUAUCAUUAUAGAACACAAGUACCGCGUCUAUUCUGCUCUAACAACAAUCCACCGAUGGACACAUGUCCGAUUUGGUGAAGAGAAGAACAUCUUCUCAUACCAUUGCAAUAUCGAAAUGCUCGAAAUGUUUUACGAACUUCCAGUUCUUUCUAUAUACUGCCUCACUUUACUCUCUGAUACCACAAUUGCAUACGAACAUGAGAAUAUUCGCAAUUCACUCACCUAUGAAGCUACACAGGAGGUAAAGCGAACCAUCAGUAUUCUCAACUUGUUCUAUCCAAUUUCUCUUGAAGAAGUUCCGCCCAUCUUGUAA